AUGACAUUCGACGCUUUCUCCCCUCGGGAGGUGACCGAGAUGGUCUCAAAUGCCGGAGUCCUCAAGGGAAACAUGCGAUUAGACAAGGUGUUCAUGAGCGCAGUCUCUGCGGGCGCUUUGCUUGCCUUUGCAUGCGGGACUGUAAUUAGCACGAAUGCUACACCAUGGUUCCAGACCAAUGCCCCGGGUUUGAUGCGAACUAUCAGCGCAAUGGUCUUCCCCUAUGGCUUGUGCAUGAUCUUGUUGACAGGCGCAGAGCUCUGCACGGGCUCUUUCAUGUUUACCACAACAGCCGCACUCCACAGACGCCUACCGUGGACAAAGAUGUUGAUCCACUGGGUAGUAACAUUCCUCGGAAACCUAGCCGGAUCCCUAUUCAUCGUGGCCAUCAUCUUCGGAUACGGCAACGUAUUUUCAGCAGAACCAUUCAAAUCAGCAGUAAUCUCGUUCGCGACCAAAAAGCAAGUAACGCCCGAAUUCCACAUGAUCUUCUUGCGUGGCAUCGGAUGCAACUGGCUAGUAUGUCUAGCAUGCUUUUUCAGCCUGCAAGGCCGCGACCUAGCAUCAAAAGUGAUUGGCAUCUGGUGGCCCACAUUCGCAUUCGUUUCUCUGGGUUUCGACCACGUUGUUGCCAAUAUGACAUUCAUCCCGAUGGCGAUCUGGGUCGGAGCGCCGGAUAUUAGUGUGGGUCUAUACAUCUGGAAGGGCAUUAUUCCAACCCUUCUAGGGAAUAUCGUUGGUGGCGGUGUAUUUUGUGGUACUUACUAUUGGUAUAUGUACCUGCUUGACUUGAAUUCUUUGCCUUUGUAUGGCAAGAAGCAUUUUGAUAGCCCGCUUCAGUCGGAGCAGGCGACGCUGAAGGAGACCGAUAUUGAGGCUUCGGCUGGUGUCAUUGAUCAUGAAACGCGCACAAAUGCGUAG